AUGUGCUGCGCUAUGGUGAAGGUGGCAGGCAGUGACGCUUACUUCCAGAGGGGCAGUCUGUUCCAGUUCACGGUCAUCACUCUCUCCUUUGGCUAUUACAUGUGGGUUUUCUUCUGGCCUCAGAGUAUUCCUUAUCAGAGCCUUGGGCCCCCGAGUCUUUUCACUCAGUACUUGGUGGACCAUCAUCACACCCUUCUGCACAUUGGGUACUGGCUUGCCUGGCUGAUUCAUGUGGGAGAGUCCGUGUAUGCCAUAGUAUUGUGCAAGUCUACAGGCAUCACGAAUGGUCGGGCUCACCUACUCUGGUUCCAGCAGACUUUCCUCUUUGGGAGAGCCUCACCCCCCAUCUUGAUCAUUUACAGGCCAAAACACCAAAAAUAA